AUACCAAAAUCACUUGGCUAGCUUUCACUCACUCUCUAUAUCUAUCUAUCUAUCUAUCUAUCUAUCUCUCUCGUACCUAAUACACAUUGCUUUUACUGUUUUAGUGUUAUUUUGUAUAUUCUUUUACCCAAAAAAUGAUUACCGAAUCAUUUUGCCUAUAGGCAAUGCCAGUGCGCCUUCAACGCGCACUACUUCAACAACAGAAUCAGAAUCGUAUAAAUAUCAAGUGGAUUAUCGUUUGUUCAUCGCUGCUGCUGCUGCUCAUCGUGCUAAAUGGGAUACCAACGACUGAUGCCUAUGUUUCCUCGAAGAAUUGCAGUUUCGUUGAGGGUCAUAUAUUGGAGUUUGCAUGCCAGGGUGUCUAUGAUCGUGAAUUACGUUUAUUGCACAAGGAUCGCCAUCCGGCGAUUGGUACACCGUAUGUUGUUUGGCAACGUUCCGAUUAUAUGGGCUCAGCCAUUUUACUUAUCGCAUUCUAUGAGUCACCGCUUUUCAAUUGCUAUAAUCUUGUUUACGAUGAUGACAAGUUUUAUUGCGAUGGCCUUAACUAUCCGUUGGAGUUUGAUAGUCCCAUUAGUACCCAUUGUCUAUCGUUUCAUUUCAAAUAUGCCGAAGCUCUAUACAAGAAAUGCAUUGGUGUGCGAAAAACCCAUAUACGGACCAUAUCCGCAGCCGUUAUCUACAUGAAUUCCAAUGUUGUUGUCGAAUCGAAAACUGGACAAGGCUUAAAAGGCUCUGGCCAUCUAGUUUUGAUGCUAAUUACAUUACUGGGGAUUGUGUGGCGGCUUUAUAUGUGAGAAGAAGAUGUUGAUGAAUGCGGCGGCGGUUAAUUAUUAUCAUAUAUACAUAUUCAACUUACAUGUGUAACAGAGUUUUAAACAAGAAAAAAAAGACAGAAAAGAAAAUCACUCUUUAGCUAACAAUAUAUCUGAAAAACACGAGUGGGUGCGGCAGCUGCAAUACUGGAGAAGAAGGAGGAUGAGGAAAAGUCUUUUCAUACCACAUGUACACAAAUUUUUUUUUUUUUGUUUUUUCCUUGCUUUUAAAAUAAAAAUAUGAGAAUACGCAACAAUCUCAACUAAUGCCA